CUCCUCCGAACAGUGGCCUAGUCAUACAUCCAAGUAUGUCCCAGAAUCAACAACCCAGCUUGAUAUUCCGCCCAGCCUAUCAUCUCGUAGCUGGUUUUGCCAAUCCCUCGCUCGACAAGGCAGUUCACCGACUCGGCGUAUACCCCAAUCAUUUGUACCCUCUGUUCAUUGGAAUAUAUCUGUUUUUGUUUGCGGUGAUUACUCUGAAACACCCUUUUCCUCGGAUAGAAGAGAAGCCUCAUAUCAACCAAGCCUUCACUAUGCGCAAGGGGAUUACAGUUUUCAAGAUGUCCAGCUGAAGUCACCUGCUUACUGGCACGCAUCAUCGCCCUCCCCCUACACCUCUUCGGCAUCUCUGCCUCUUCGUUACAGACCCUCCGCCUAACAAGCCUCCUCUAGGCCCUUCUCCUCCCCGCACUCAUCACCCUCAUCUCUCCUCCAUCCACAACAUCAUAUCAACCCCUCCCCCGCCGUUUUCCACCAGCCCGCAGACUUCGCCCUCAUCGUCUGCCUCAACCCCAUCUUGAUCGUGCUCUCUUCUCGCUUCACCCCGGGCGUCAGCAGUAUCUCGGGACUGAUGCUUGUUUGGGGCCUGGCGGUGAGAGGUAAGCAUUGGGCAGCGGCGGUUCUGAGUAUUGGUGUGGGUAGUUUGAGGGGUGCGGUAGCGAUUUAGACGGUGUUUGUGAUCUGGUGGGCUUUUUGGGAAAUCCGCAAAAGGGCUCACAAAAGGCCAGAUAAACGAUCGUACUUCCCGUACAUUGUUACACUCAGCGCAUGGCUCAUCAUCUGGUCUCACCAAACCGUCCCCAUGCAGAUGUUUGGCAUAGCAGACAUGUUUGUGAUUUCCAUCAUCCGAUGCCCUCUCAUCCCACUAUUCGACAUUUACGCUGGCCAAUUGUUUACGUCCCACCGCCCCUUCUUCAUCGCCUGGCUCCUCUCCCUCCUCUCGACAUUCACCCUCACCGGCCUGUCUGCUGGCAAGAAUACAGUCCUAGCAGAUCUAGCCGUACCCGCCUCUUUACUGCGAUUUGGGAUGCUUAUCAUAGCCGGCAAAGAGGUGUCAAGCUUGAAAGGUAAUGAGGCUCAGAGCUUGGAAGAAGCAAGAGAUCGGCAAGUGGAGUGGUUCGAUGUGUCCGGGCUUCAUGCCCCGCUUCCAGGCAACAGAGGAGUCUCUACUCUCCCUACCUCACAACAUAUGCGGUUGCCUCCUCUAACAGCCGGCGGAAGAGUGGUAACCAGUCUGAGCAGGGCCGAGUUGGCGUGGUAUCUCAUUGAGAACAGUCUUGGUCUACUUUUCGUGUUGAUCUUUGGAAAUGAUUAUUAGGUGUUCUUUCUUUUUCUGGAGAUGUAUACAGAUUGG